UUCAUUUACUUUACAGUCAAGGAACAGUUUAACAUUGAAGGAGCUUUGAAGUUUCUCAUAAAAUCUCAAGUUCAAAUGGCUCAAAAGUUUGAGAUUAUAGAAAAUAACCAAAAACAAAUUUUAUUUUUAGUAAAUAAAAAUAUGACUGAUGCUCCAGCAGACAAAAAUUGGAAUAUUGAAUUUUCAACCACUUUUCCACUUCAAGAUAUUCAAUCUCUAAAUGAAAUAGAACAACGUUUAAUAACGGAUAUUGAAUUUAAAGAAAAAUUGGCAAACAGGAUCAGCAGUUUUAGAGGGUUAGAUGACAGCACAUUUAUCAAGUCAUCUUUAGAUAAUAUAUUCAGUGACAAAAUAGGUGUAUUAAUUUCCUUCACUGGUAGAAAACCAUCAAACACGGUUGAAAAAAAGUAUGCAAUGAAGAGUUCACUGCUGUAUAAACUUAUUUGUGAUGUUGGUCGAAGUCGUUACAAAAACUUUUCCGAUGAAAAAGCUGAGAAAGUCACUAGUAGCUGGUUACGUCAUUCAAUAGACCGUCUUAAACGUACAGCGGCACUAACAUAAUAACAAAGUGGUAUUCUUACUUUAUUUUUAUAUUUUAUUAAUUUUGAAAUUUGUAUAAGAAUUUGUUUAAUAUUAUUAUUAAGUUUUUAAUGUUUGUAUGUUAUAAUUAUAUAGGGUAUUGACUAUAAAUAAAGAGUACUUUUUAUUACGUUAUAAAAUAUAUUAUAUUUGCAUUUUAACUAUGUUAAUUCCUUUUCUGGAGUCUCAGUAAGUAAUUUAAAGGAGCGGAAAUUCAGAUUUGGUAGUGAGAGUGGGGAUUACCGAAGUGAAUUUCGUAGGAACUCCCUGGGAUUCCUUGUGUUACUAGGAAAGGACUCCCUAUUAAUUCCUUUUCUGGAGUCCCAGCAAAUAAUUCGAUGGAGCACCUAAGGAGCGGAAAUUCGGAUUUGGUAGGGAGAGUCUAGGGAUUCCCGAAGGGA